CUUAAAAACUCUACUUUGUUACUUAAUGCAAUUCAAGAAUCUUCAAUUGUAAAACAAGAAUCUCAUCAAGAAUAUCAAGUUAUACAACAAGAAUCUCAAGUUAUGCUACAAGAAUCACAACAAGAAUUUCAAGUUAUACAACAUAAAGAUUUUCAAAUUACAGAACAUGAAAUUCAAGUCAUACAAGAUGAAGGAUUUCAAAAUACACAACAAGUCACACAAAACAAUUCUUCAAUCAUGCAAGAAUUUAAUACUACCUUUACUCAAGUUAAAUCGCAAGUUUCACAUAAAAAUAUUCAUAAAAAAACUAAAGCUUAUAUACAAAGAACAAAUAAUAUUCAACAGAUUAAAACAACAAAAGAUACUCUACCAAUUGAAAUAACAAAAAAUAUCCAACAUAUUAAAACAACAAAAGAUAACCAACUAAUUGAAAUAACAAAAAAUAUGCAAUAUAUUAAAACAACAAAAGAUAUCCAAUAUAUUGAGAAUAUUAAAAUGACAAAAGAUGGAACUAUCAAUAUUUUCAA